ACUUGAGACAACGACUCCAGAAGAUCUUUCAUGGAGUACAAUGUGUAAUACGUGGGUUUCAUAUUUGCAUGCUGUUCUACAGUCGUGUGCAAGAAACAAAGCAGCCAUCCAUGGGAAAGCAUGCCAUGCACGGGCAAUCCGUUUCGAGUUGCAAGAAGACACUACAACAUCCAACAUUCUCAUUAACAUGUAUUGUAAAUCUGGCCUUUUGUGCAGCGCCCGCAAAGUGUUCGAUGGAAUGCCCGCACGAAGCUUGGUUUCUUGGAAUACCUUGAUCGGUUCGUACGCCCAAAACGGGGAAGCCCAUGAAGCAUUAAAUCUUUUCAAGCUUAUGCAAAGGAAUGGAAGCUCGUUUAGUGAAUUCACCAUUUCAAGUGUUCUUUGCGCCUCUGUUGCAAUUUGUGCAGUUUCUGUGUGCAAACAACUGCAUGGCUUUGCUACAAAGGCUGCCGUUGAUUCAAAUAUGUUCGUGGGAACUGCAUUGGUUGAUGUUUAUGCAAAGUCUGGUUUGGUAAAGGAUGCUAGUUGGGUUUUCGAGAGCAUGCUGGAGAGGAGUGUUGUUACAUGGAGUUGUAUGGCGGUGGGGUACGUUCAAAAUGAGUUAUUUGAGGAGGCUUUACUGUUGUUUCGUAGAGUUCAAAUAAUGGGAGUAGAACAUGAUCAGUUUUUACUCUCUUCCGUUAUAUGUGGUUGUUCUGGACUAGCUGCUUUGAUUGAAGGAAAACAGGUGCAUGCCAUUAUAUCUAAAACUGGAUUUGGUUCAAACAUAUUCAUAGCUUCAUCCCUCAUAGACAUGUAUGCUAAAUGUGGCAGCGUCGAAGACGCUUACACUGUAUUCACGGGUAUAGAAGAGAAAAAUGUUGUUUCUUGGAACACGAUGAUUUCUGGCUUCUCUAAACAUGCUCGUGCCUUGGAGGCAAUGGUUUCAUUUGAAAAAAUGCAGCAGAUGGGUCUUUCCCCUAAUGAAGUGACAUAUAUUUCUGUGUUAUUUGCAUGUAGCCAUAUGGGUUUGGUCGAUGAAGCAAAGAGCUACUUUGAUCUCAUGAGAAUGCCCUUUGUUGCCACUGUUUCUAUGUGGGGAUCUCUUUUAGCUUGUUGUAGGUUCCAUGGGAAUCUUGAAUUAGCUGAGGUAGCAGCUAAGAAUUUGUUUGAGAUGGAACCUGAUAAUGCUGGAAACUAUAUUCUGCUCUCCAAUAUUUAUGCAGCUAACAAAAAGUGGGAGGAAGUUGUGAGAGCAAGGAAAUUUCUUAAAGAAAACAUGGUGAGAAACGAAAGGGGCAAGAGUUGGAUAGCAAUCAAGGAUAAGGUCCAUGCAUUUAUGGUUGGAGAGAUCAAUCACCCAAGAAUUACUGAAAUUUAUUCCAAAUUAGAUAAGUUGGUGGAGGAAGUGAAGAUCCUUGGUUAUGAAGUAGAGACUGAACAUGACCUUCAUGAUGUGGAAGAGAGUAAAAAGCAACAACUUUUGAAACACCACAGUGAGAAACUGGCGCUUAGUUAUGGGCUGCUGGCACUACCUACUGGUGCCCCGAUACGAAUAAUGAAGAAUCUCCGGAUUUGUGGGGAUUGCCAUUCUUUUAUGAAACAAACAUCUAGCAUUACGCAGAGGGAAAUCGUUGUUAGGGAUAUAAACAGGUUUCACCAUUUUAGAGAAGGUCGUUGCACUUGUGGUGAUUUUUGGUGAUGUAUUCAUUUCCUGAUUUUGUGUGCCAGUCUUUAACAAGUUCACUGGUUUAUACACUCUUCAUCUGCUGUUUUAAGAUCUAUAUUGGUGUUUUAGGAGACAACAUACAGGCAUUCAUCGUAUAUUCAGCAUUUGGAUGCAAUGCCAGAUUCUCCCCUUGAUGUCGAUGUAUAUUACAAUGAACUGGUGGCCACAACAGGA